AAGGGGGGACAAAAACAGAACAAGAAGCAACACAACCAUUAGGUACCCAUUUCUGGCCCAAGAACAGGUUAUAGGCUCAUGAUGAUCAUUUUCUUUUGGACCAUUAACAUUGAAUGCAGCAGAUCAUUACCCCAAAACCCCACACCAACCGGCUACCAGUAUUAUAAAACAUAAUUUCCAUGAAAACCUUGCUUCUCAACUGAAUCAUUUACGUCGGAAUAUGAAAUUUGGACAUUCCAUGCUCACCCUCUAUUUUCUAACACCAUAACUGCCUUUGAUCUUAAUUUAAUAUCAUAAACAUGCUAUGGAACUGUAUACAUAUAUAAGAGCAGCCUGAGCCUUUCUUCAAUACAAGUUAUAUACACAAAGUUUCCGCAUCAUCUUUUUUUGAUAGCGGCAAAGUUAUCCACUCUGUUUUGCAAUAAGGAAGACAUGGGAAGCGAAGACACUGUGCAAGCCGAUUCCACAAAGAAGGCCAACACUGGCAAAGCCACAAUUCUGGCUCUUGGCAAGGCUUUUCCUCACCAACUUGUUAUGCAAGACUAUCUUGUUGAUGGGUAUUUCAGAGACACCAACUGUGAUGAUCCAGAACUCAAGCGCAAACUUGCUAGACUCUGUAGGUUCAUCAUACUUUCCUUGCUUUUAUUUUCCCGAGUAUACUAUGAUAACCACAUGGAUCGCAAGACAACAACAGUCAAAACAAGGUAUGUGGUCAUGUCAGAAGAGAUCCUAAAGAAGUACCCAGAACUUGCCAUUGAAGGCGUACCCACAGUCAAGCAAAGACUAGAUAUUUGCAACAAUGCAGUGACACAGAUGGCCAUUGAAGCUUCACAAGAUUGCAUCAAGAAAUGGGGAAGGCCUGUUUCAGACAUAACCCACUUAGUCUAUGUCUCUUCAAGUGAAGCUCGACUACCCGGUGGUGACCUUUACUUAGCAAGAGGACUUGAACUCAAACCUGAGACUCAGCGGGUCCUGCUGUACUUUGCAGGCUGUUCAGGAGGUGUGGCUGGUCUCCGCGUUGCAAAAGACAUUGCUGAGAACAAUCCAGGCAGUAGAGUUCUGCUCGCUACUUCUGAAACAACCAUUAUUGGCUACAAACCUCCAAGUGCAGACCGACCUUAUGAUCUGGUUGGUGUUGCACUCUUUGGAGAUGGUGCUGGAGCAAUGGUAAUAGGGUCAGAUCCAGUUUCAGGAAAUGAAAAGCCUCUGUUUGAGCUUCACACAGCCAUUCAGGAGUUCUUGCCUAGUACAGAAAAGACCAUUGAUGGAAGGCUCACCGAAGAAGGAAUAAGCUUCAAGCUAGCAAGGGAACUUCCUCAGAUAAUUGAAGAUCAUGUAGAAGGAUUCUGUGAAAAGUUUAUGGGGAUUUUGGGAUUCAAUCAUAAGGAAUACAAUAAGAUGUUUUGGGCCGUUCAUCCAGGAGGACCUGCAAUCUUGAACAGGAUCGAAAAACGACUUGAUUUGCUCCCAGAGAAGCUGAAUGCGAGCAGAAGAGCUCUGAUGGAUUAUGGAAAUGCUAGCAGUAAUACCAUUGUUUAUGUGCUGGAGUACAUGAUGGAAGAGAGCUCAAAGAUCAACAAGGAAGAUCAUGGAGAGAGUGAAUGGGGUUUGAUCUUGGCUUUUGGACCUGGGAUUACUUUUGAAGGAAUUCUGGCCAGGAAUCUUACUGUCUAACUAAGCAUACAGUGCACGCAUUACACAUAUAUUACAUAUGUAACAAUGAGACUCUGCUUACUAUCUACAUCAUCGUAUAACAAGAUAUUAUAAAGUUUAUAUUUUCUCUGGGCAAGUGAGUUUUAUAUGUCCUAAGAUGUGAAAAAGGAAAGGCAAAUAUUCAACAACAAAACACCAAUAAAUAGGGAUCUAAAUUCCGGA